UACAUUGGAAGUUUAAAUAUUAUUUGUUCUUUUUUCAUUUAUAAGAAAUGUUAUACUGAUUCAACACAGCUACAAGACAUAAACAGACAAAGUAGAAUCAUUUGUGCAAUAUAAUGGCAUAUUCUCAAUCCGCUAAUAAAAGUCAAAUUCAUGUACCUACAAAUUGUCAUCUAUGCGAUACGAAGCACAUCAAGUGGAAAUGCAUAGAUUGCGAACUUCUUAUGUGUGAUAAAUGUAAAGAAGAAAGACAUUUUAGAAUUAAAAAUGCACAGGACCAUAAGGUCAUAAAUAUCAAAGAUGGUCUACGCAAUGAAGAAUUGGAUUUUACAAAUAUUCAAUGUACAGACCAUACUUCAAAAUCUUGCUGUCUUUUUUGCAAGAGAUGUGACAGUCUAGUUUGUCCCACUUGUGUGUCUGAAGUUCAUAUUAAUCAUGUAAAUGAUCUAAUUGAGAUCAGGAAUGCAUAUAAUAUAAAAAUAGAUAGGCUGAAACAAGGACAAAGUAAAAUUAAAAUGGAAAAAGAGAAAGCCAUCACCAGAAAAAAACAUUUGGAACAGCAUAAGAAUGCUGAAAAUGUGAAGCACAGCAAAGUUAUUCAGAAUAUUUUGAAUCAUGGGAAUAUGUUGAAAAGGACUAUUGACAAAUAUAUCCAAAAACUAAAAAAUGAAAUUGAUGAAAAUCUGAAGACUGUUUUGAAAUCAAUUGACACCGACAUACACACAGUAUCUAAAUCCAUGAGACAUGAUAAUGAGAAAUACAAUGAAGUUGGUAACUUUCUCAAAACCAAAGACAUUGCAAAGUUUUUUUCCAACAUCAGGAGAAUUGAAAAUUCAAUUGAAGUCAAAGCACCGAAAUCACAAUCUUCAUACAAUUCUACACCUAUUUUUUUCCCAGGGGAGAUAAAUCAAUCUAAUGUUGGGGUGUUACAAAUGCCAGAGAAAUUAAGUGUUGCAUUUGAUAUCAUUCAAGAGUAUCAGACAAAACUUUCUGCAGUAUCUGAUAUUAUUUCAUAUGUUGACGAUUCUCUUUGGAUUAAUUCUGCUUUAGACAACUGUGUUGUAAAAGCAGAACCUAAAGGGAAACAACUCAAUGUAGUUUCUACCUUGAACUUGGCAGUCUAUGGAAUAGCAAUAUCACCAUCUAAUAACCUUCUUCUGUCUGUUGGCAAAUCAAGACUACAACAACUUUGCAUUUCCACCGGUAAACUUUCAGACACUGUAUAUAAAGUGAAACCUUUAGCUUCUACAAUUAUCCAUAUUACCAGUAGUAAUAAAGUUAUAGUGGGAGGUGUUAAUGAGAAACUAGGAAGAAGAGCCGUGUUUGUAAUGAAUGAAAAGGGAGACCAUGAAACCGUUUAUGAAUAUGAUCAACAUAAUCAACCUAUAUUUACAUACCCGAGGAGUAUAACCAGUACCGGUACUGGAAAUAUCCAUGUGGUGGACCGUGAACCAGGCCAAGAAGGUAGAGUGGUAGUGUUGGCACCAGGAAGUGAUAUAAUUAAUUCAUACAUAGGCCAUCCAAAAAUCAACAAACUCAAAUCAUUUAAACCAAAUAGAAUAGUGACAACACAAAGAGACAAUGUCAUGGUGACUGAAAUGAAUACGAACACCAUACACAUCCUAGACAGUAUGGGAAACCUUGUGUCAUGGUACAACACUACAGACAUAGGAAUACUAAAUCCAGUUUCCCUUUCGUUCACUCAAACAGGACAAAUCCACAUAGGAUGUGGUGCAAAAGAAGGUCAUACAGCCAAAGAAGCCAAAAUGUAUAAAGUGAUUAUAUCUGGAUGUUAAAAAAAUUGACCCUCGUAUUAUUUUUUGAGACCUUUUAUGUAUCCAAUAUAUUAUUAAAGACUAAUAACUUGA